ACGCGCGAGCCUCGGCGGCCCGGAACCGGCCUUGGACCGGCGGCGAAGCUUGAGGCGGCUGGCCCUCCCGCCCCAUGGAGCGGCCCCCGGGGCUGCGGCCGGGCGCGGGCGGCCCCUGGGAGAUGCGGGAGCGGCUUGGCACCGGCGGCUUCGGCAACGUCUGUCUGUACCAGCACCGGGAACAUGAUAUCAAAAUAGCAAUUAAGUCUUGUCGCCUAGAGUUAAGUACCAAAAACCGAGAGCGUUGGUGCCAUGAAAUCCAGAUCAUGAAGAAGUUGAACCAUGCAAAUGUGGUAAAGGCCUGUGAUGUUCCUGAGGAACUGAAUUUUUUAAUUAAUGACGUGCCUCUUCUAGCAAUGGAGUACUGUUCUGGAGGAGAUCUCCGGAAGCUACUCAACAAACCAGAAAAUUGUUGUGGACUUAAAGAAAGCCAGAUACUUUCUUUACUGUGUGACAUAGGAUCUGGAAUUCGAUAUUUGCAUGAAAACAAAAUCAUACAUCGAGAUCUAAAACCUGAAAAUAUAGUUCUUCAAGAUGUUGGUGGGAAGAUAAUGCAUAAAAUAAUUGAUUUGGGUUAUGCCAAAGAUGUUGAUCAAGGAAGUCUAUGUACAUCUUUUGUGGGAACAUUACAGUAUUUGGCUCCAGAGCUCUUUGAAAAUAAACCAUACACAGCUACUGUGGAUUAUUGGAGCUUUGGGACCAUGGUGUUUGAAUGUAUUGCUGGAUAUAGGCCUUUUUUGCAUCAUCUGCAGCCAUUUACCUGGCAUGAGAAAAUUAAGAAGAAAGAUCCAAAGUGUAUAUUUGCAUGUGAAGAGAUGACCGGAGAAGUUCGGUUUAGUAGCCAUUUACCUCAACCAAAUAGCCUUUGUAGUUUAAUAGUAGAGCCCAUGGAAAGCUGGCUACAAUUGAUGCUGAAUUGGGACCCACAGCAGAGAGGGGGACCUAUUGAUGUUACUUUGAAGCAGCCAAGAUGUUUUGUAUUAAUGGAUCACAUUCUCAACUUAAAGAUAGUACACAUCCUAAAUAUGACUUCUGCAAAAAUCAUUUCUUUUCUGUUACCAUGUGAUGAAAGUUUUCAUUCACUACAGUCUCGUAUUGAGCGUGAAACAGGAAUAAAUACUGGUUCUCAAGAACUUUUGUCAGAGACAGGAAUUUCUCUGGAUCCUCGGAAACCAGCCUCUCAAUGUGUUCUAGAUGGAGUUAGAGGCUGUGAUAGCUACAUGGUUUAUUUGUUUGAUAAAAGUAAGACUGUAUAUGAAGGACCAUUUGCAUCCAGAAGUUUAUCUGAUUGUGUAAAUUAUAUUGUUCAAGACAGCAAGAUACAGCUUCCAAUUAUACAGCUGCGUAAAGUAUGGGCUGAAGCAGUGCACUAUGUAUCUGGAUUAAAAGAAGACUACAGCAGGCUCUUUCAGGGACAAAGAGCAGCAAUGUUAAGUCUUCUUAGAUAUAAUGCUAACUUGACAAAAAUGAAGAAUACUUUGAUCUCAGCAUCACAGCAACUCAAAGCUAAAUUGGAGUUUUUUCACAAAAGCAUUCAGCUUGACUUGGAGAGAUAUAGUGAGCAGAUGACUUAUGGGAUAUCUUCAGAAAAAAUGCUGAAAGCAUGGAAAGAAAUGGAGGAAAAGGCCAUUCACUAUGCUGAGGUUGGUGUCAUUGGAUACCUUGAGGAUCAAAUUAUGUCUUUGCACACUGAAAUCAUGGAGCUUCAGAAGAGCCCCUAUGGAAGACGCCAAGGAGACUUGAUGGAAUCUCUGGAACAGCGUGCCAUUGAUCUCUAUAAGCAGUUAAAGCACAGACCUACAGAUCACUCAUACAGUGAUAGCACGGAGAUGGUGAAGAUCAUUGUGCACACUGUGCAGAGUCAGGACCGCGUUCUCAAGGAGCUGUUUGGUCACUUGAGCAAGUUGUUGGGCUGUAAGCAGAAGAUUAUUGAUCUACUCCCUAAGGUGGAAGUGGCUCUCAGUAACAUCAAAGAAGCUGACAAUACCAUCAUGUUUAUGCAGGGAAAGAGGCAGAAAGAAAUAUGGCACCUCCUUAAAAUUGCCUGUACACAGAGUUCUGCCCGCUCUCUUGUAGGAUCCAGUCUAGAAGGCACAGUAACCCCUCCAGCAUCAGCAUGGCUGCCCCCUAUGUUAGCAGACCGUGAACAUCCUCUGACACGUGUGGUAACUCCUCAAGAUGGAGAGACGUUACCACAAAUGAUAGAAGAAAAUCUGAACUGUCUUGGCCAUUUAAGUACUAUUAUUCGUGAAGCAAAUGAGGAACAAAGCCAUAGUAUGAUGAGUCUUGAUUGGAGUUGGUUAACAGAAUGACCUGCUGUUCAUUGUCCUCAAAGCUAUGAAUAUUGUUCCUGCACAUUUUCGAAAUUCAUCUUUGUUCUCUGAUGCUAUUCUUCACAUACCAUCACUGGAAGAAAUGGCUGUGAUCAGAAACUACGAAUGACUUUACAAGAGCAGUAUCUUGACUUUACAUAAUGAUUUCGCCCUCUGCAUAGAUAGAAUUUUAUUACAAAUUAGUGGUUAAUUAUUUUUUACACUGCAGCUAUCUAGGGAGAUCAUUAGUGACCUGCUUAUCUUUAAAAUUGACAAAAUACUACUUGUUCAACUGAUGAAAUAUAUAUAUUUAAUGUGUGUGUGUGUGUGUGUGUGUGUGUUUGUGUUUCCGCUCUCCCAAGACAGGACAGGGUUUCUCUGUAGCUCUGGCUGUCCUGGAACUCAGAGAUGCACCUGCCUCUGCCUCCUGAGUGCUGAGAUUAAAGGUGUGUGCCACCACUGCCAGAUCCAAUGUUCAUUUUAAGUAAAAGCUGUCCACCUGUCUCUGAAAGAGAUUACUCACCAGUAAAAUUGUGCUUCCUGAAGACUAAGCUGCCCCCUUGUGUUGCUCUCAGCAGAUACUCUAGCUGGCACCGCAAGGAGACAGAUGAAUCCCAUCUUUAACCACACAUGUAAUAGUGUCCUUUUCUUACAUAAGGGAUUGCACAUGUGCCUUUGAUAUCAACUGACCAUAAUGAAUUGUGUUGUGUGCUAUAUGUAUAUUAUUUAAGGUGUACAUUUAAUAAUAUCAAAGAUGAGCUGCCUGUUAAUUUAUAAUGUAUUUGAAGAUUGUAUUUUUUUGCAUUUGUAAAAAUGGGUCACUUGUUUAAACAAUCUUUUGUGUCUUAUACAAGUUUCAAAAGGUCUGCAUUCAUUCCUUUAUCUGUAAUUAUAGUCUCAAAAUCCAAGAAGUCCUGAAAACACGGUUUUCUUAACACUUCUGGGCAGAACCCGGAUCAGACGGAUCCUCUGCUGCCAGAAGGUAUUUGGUAGUUACGCCUGAAACUUGACAACAAAAUUCAUUUUCUUCUGGAUCUAUUUUGACCUGACACUGAAUCUGUUUAUCCCACUUAGUGUGAAUAUUCAUUUAUUUUGCUGCAUAAAUAUUAAUGUGUUUGAUUAUUGGGGGGUGCUGCCACAAACUCUUUUGAGGGUUAAUGUAGUUGGUAUAUGCACUGAAUUACCUUUCUAAAAUCUGAAAAUUUCAUAAUUCUGAAACAUCUGGACUUAGGGGUUUCAGAUAAAAGAUUGUGGAUUUCUGCCUUCUGUUAAAUAAUGUUGAAGGUAUUAUUUUGUUUUAAAAAAUGUGAAAUGCUUUUAUAUUCUAGUUUUUCACUUUGUAUAUUAAAUGAUUUUAAAAUUG